AUGAGUUUCUCUCGUUAUCUCGUUUUUAUCUAUUUCUGUGUUUACGCUUUUGUUCACGCUCGCUAUAAAAAUGGAGAUUUCAUGUUGGGUGGACUCAUGUCUAGCUCUGUUUGUUAGUUUCAAGGCACCGAGACCCAAUGCGGCGGUAGUAAUGAACAAUUUGGUGUCACACAAGCAAUUAUCUUCGCCGUCGAAAAGAUAAAUAAUGAUCCAUACCUACUUCCAAUUAUCUCCCUUGGAUAUGACAUCAGAAAUUACGACGGAAAUAUUACUAAAGCAGGGAAGAUAACUUACGAACUGUUUGAAGAUACCCUCUGUGCUAGCUCAGCAGCCGGUAAUAAGACCAAAAGGAAGCCUAUUGUUGCCUUAAUCGGUCCCUUCGAUUCCCCGCACAGCUUUGUAUAUUGGUGGAAUUCUUCGUAUGUUUAA